AGCACUUUUGCCAUGACACAACUCUCUGAAGCGCGCAAGAUAACUGAGAGUACCAAUAAGUGUAUACUAUCCCAGCAAACGCUUCUGGGUCAAAUACAAGCCGUUCCUGCUCUCACACGGCUGCAACUUGCGUCCACGAUACCAUCAGAAUUGGAACCCUUCCUGGAUCGCUGCAGGAGAAGAUAUUGACUCGGGCAAGUUUAAUCCUUACAAAUACGAGGACGCAUCUGCGGGCAUCGUCCUCUUCAGUGUCAUGGAUGCUACUCGCGUCGAAGACAACGUUAAGGUCGUUCUGAAAAAAGCCGAAAUCUAGAAAAUCAAGAUCGGAUUCGCACAAGACUUCAAUUCCCCACGUCUACGUCAAGACCCAGACAACAUCACAUUUCUUCUUCUGGACGUGAUUCUAAUGCCGGCUGAUGACGAUUUCGCUUUCCUCGUCAUGCCUUAUCUGCGACAAUUCGACCCCCAGUCUUCCGCCACGUGGACAAAGUCAUCGAAGCCAUGUCGCAAUUCUUGAAGGGCUUGGUUUUCUAUCACUCUCACAAAUUUCCUACCAGGAUGCUUGCUCCGGUAAUAUGAUGAUCGACACGACCCACAUCAUUCCCGGUGGCUAUCACUUCUCCAGGAAGGACACGUCUCACAGAGUCUACAUCAGAAAACACGACCACUGGCGAUGGAAAUCGCGAUGCCGCUGUUAUCCCAAUAGGACAAGACUGUUCCGGAAUUCGCAGAAGCAGAUGUUCCGUAUAAUCCGUUCAAACUCGACAUCUAUCAGCUGGGCAAUGUAUUUGCGGGUCUGAUAAAAAAAUAUCCUCGCCUGCGACGACAUUUUGAACCGCUAUCGACCGCGAUGACACGCAAAGAUUUUCGCGAGCGACCAACGGCGCCGGAGGCAUUAGUGCUUUUCGAGUCGAUGGUUGCUCACAUGUCGCCUAAUCAGUCGACAGCGCGGCUGCGCCUCUGCGCCUGAAAAAACGAUGGCCAUUGGAAUCGGAAAUCAGUGAGGAAGAAGAUGCGAGCUUUGUAUUGCCCGAUGAUCUCGGGUUUGCACACUCACUCAGAUCAAAACCGAGUCUGAGGUCUCUCUUGGGAGAAAAGAUCACCUCUUCGAAAACGAGCCAUUGAAUUACUUUUUUUGUCAGGUCCCGGCCGCUUAGGCAUGCUAGUAUCCAGCAGGAGAUUAGAAUCAUUCUUGGACCAUCCAUAGUGUGGCUUUCUACGAUUCCCCGAUGAACCGCAGGUCGCCGUUGUGUGUCAGUAUCCACUACAAACGACUGGGAUCUUCAAGUGGAAGCCCUUGCAAUGACCAAUAUCCCUGCGGAGUCGGACUCUGGAUCCUCUACUUCGCCACAGAUUGUGACGCGUGGUUCUUGCCGGCGGCCCUCUGAAAUUUCUCUCACCUUCAGUCCAACAUCGAUGGUUCAACAGUCAGCCAAUCUCGCCGGCGUCUCUGUCGCUCGUAUCGGGCAUGGCCUGAUGCUCAUGACCUGGGUGCCCAACCCAGUUCCCGAUGAGCAAUGCUUCGAGGCCAUCAAGGCCGGAAUCGAUGCGCUUCCCGCCGGAACCAAAGCGUUUCUGAAUUCUGGCUCCUUCUACGAUCAGGAUCUUGGUACCGGAAACCUCGAGCUGUUGUCCCGCUUCUUCGUCAAGUAUCCUGAUUACGCUGACAAGACCUUCCUCUCGGUCAAGGGCGCCGCUGGAAAGCAAGGCCCCAACUGCUCAGAGGAAAAUUUGCGGGCCGAGAUGGACAAGAUUGCGCGUGCGCUUGGGCCCAUCAAGAAGAUGGAUCUCUUUCAACCCGCUCGCGUUGACACCCAUCAUCCGAUCGAAGAGACCAUGAGGAUCUUGGCCACGCUCGUUAAGGAGGGUCACUUCUUGCACAUCGGGAUCUCGGAGUGCAACGCAGACACUCUGCGCAAGGCCCAUGCGGUUCACCCCAUUGCAGCAGUCGAGAUUGAGAUCAGCCCCUUCUCGUACGACCAUAAUCAGAAGAAAGUUCUCGCUGCUGCCACCGAACUUGGCGUUUCCGUUAUUGCCUACUCGCCUCUCGGACAUGGCCUGAUUUCCGGAAAGUACAAGUCUGGUGCAGAUCUUGAUGCUGGCGACCUGCGCCAGAGCUUCACUCGAUUCAAAGAUGAAGUGAUUCUGAAGCACAAUGCAGAGAUCAUCGAACAGCUCAAUCAAGUGGCAGAGAAGCGCGGGGUCACAACUGCUCAAAUUUCAAUUGCCUGGGUUGCAGCCCUGGGCCCGAAUGUCAUCCCCCUUCCUGGGUCAUCGAAAGUGUCUCGCACAUUGGAGAAUCUCUCAGCUGGUGAUAUCAUCUUGACUGAAGAGGAGCUGAAGCAAGUGGAUGAGAUUCUUGCAAAGGGUGUGUUGGGUGAUCGGUACUGGGGAGAAUCGGAUAAGCAGGCGCACCUCUGGGGUUGAUCUUCUUGCCAUUGGUACAGCAUUUUCUAUAUUGAUUUGUUCCACACUGUUCCACCAGUAAUAAUGCUUGCCACCACCAUCUCAGACAGGUUCAAAUUACGUGGCAA